AUGUCGAAUGAUAAAGGAUCAUUGGAAUGUCUUCCAAUUUAUUCAUUCCUCUUUCCGAAUGAAAAAGGUUCUAGCUUAUAUAACGCUUAUGACCGAAGUGAGGUAGAAGAUAAAUUAGUUAUCAAAAUCGACCAAGAUGGUGAUCAUGCUCCCAAAUUUUCUGUUGCAGAUGAUAUUUCAGAAGUAUAUGGCCUACCCGGGAUUCAUGAAUGUAUUAAUGGCCAAAAACCUUUAAGAGCCGUGAUUGACAUAGAUGCUUCACAAGAAGAUAUGAAAACAACUGAUGUUAAGGCGCAAGAAGUAUUCUUUCGAAUCUGCCUAUCUUUUAUAAGAGCCUUGUAUCGAAUUCUUGAUUGUAGCUGGGAGGAUAUUCUCAAUGGUUUAGUAAUCGCUACAUCAUCGGACUCUAGCAAGUGUAGCUACCAUAUUUUAUACGCACCAGCUCUUCUUAUUGAUCAUCACGAACUCAAAGCAUUUACUGAAUUAGUAUAUACUAUAACUGGGGAAAAAUUCGGCAAGUUUAUCGAUCGGAAAUUACCUGGUCAAAAUUUUAACCUUCGUCUUAUUGGUUCGGCAAAAAAAGGUCACGUAAAGCGUAUUCUUCAAUUCUCUCUAGAUAAUGGCUGGAAUGAACUCGAUCACGUUAGGGUUCAACCGCCUUCUAGUUUGGGACUUGAAGUAAGACCUCGGAUGCUAAGUGAAGAAAAAAAUAAUAAUCCAUUAAAAAUAAUCGUAGGUCAGGAUGUAUUGCAAAAAUACGCGAAACUUGUUUUGCAAAAGCAUUCUAACUAUCUUAGGGAUUGGACUAUCGAAGAAAAGGAAGAAACGAAGGAAAACUUCAUAUAUUUCAACCGGAAAGCUCUACUAGAAUGUCCACUCUGCAAACGUAUACAUGACAAGGAUCAGCGGUGGUUCGGUCGUAUAUACGCCAGUGGUGAAUUUAUCGUAAAAUGUUUUCGGCAGAAUAGUGAUGAGCGUGGGGAAAUUUUUGAAUGUGACCCAUCUAUUGCAGAAAAAAUUCAGCAAGAAAAUAAAAAUUUACCACAAGCCUCCUCUCAUAAGAUAAAAGGUCCAGGAUUUCCUAAAGCUUUCGUAAAAAUGCCAUCUUGGGUCAAGUAUAAUGAGCUCCUUUCAGUAACAGAAACAUAUGAGGAGAGAUAUGCAAGACCAUUACCUAAUGAAGGCGAUAUUUAUGUGGGAUCACCUUGGGAGACGGGAAAAACAUAUAUUCUAGAGCAUCUUACUAUAUCUGAUGAUGUGAAUUUACUAGUAUUAUCCACGCGUCACUCCUAUUCGAAUGCUGUUACUACAAGACUUAAUCUCAAAUCAUAUUGCGAUAUUGAUGGUAAUAUAAAUCUUUCUGAUCACAAGAGAGUUGUGUGUCAGAUAGAAAGUUUACAUCGUAUUACUAAUAAUUGUAAAUGUAAUAAAAAAUGCAAAUGUCUUCCAAUUCAAUAUGACUUAUGGCUUGAUGAAAUAGUAUCUAUAAUUGCUCAAGCACAAAGUCGUUUAGCAGGGCAAUCAAUAGAGAAAUUAUAUAAAUUAAUCCAAGAGGCUAGAUGUAUUAUCAUCAUGGAUAAUGACCUUACUGAUCUUAACAUUGAAUGGAUUAAGACCCUUCAUAAGAAUAUACCUUUUUCUAUUAUUCAUAAUACUUAUCAGCCUCAGAAAGGUAAGACAUUCCGCUUAGCACCUAAUAAAGAAACUGUGUUAGCUGAACUCUGGGAUUGGGCUAAGAAAAUGUCUUUACUACCUUUUGAGUCUCAGAAAAGUGCUUCACUUAUUUGCCAUCUCAGAAAGGAUGUGCAAGGAAUUAUUCGUGCACUUAAGACUGAUUUUUCAGAAUUACGGAUUAAGGAAUAUCAUGGCAAAUCUGAUCCAGUAGAAAAGGCUCAAGAUUUUAGCAAUGUAGAAGAAUCAUGA